AGUCUCAACACAGUUCUAUUUAAUACACUAGAAGGUCGAGGCAGAUCCAUGCGACUACUUGCUUUAAGUAGCAUUUCACAUAGACUUAACCACAAUAAAUGUGCGUCGCUUUAUCAGACAGCUCGAAAUGUAAGGUACGAUCGUAAGCCUACUACUGCUACUUUUUACAAUUAAUGCAGAGGUGUGUGAUAGAAAUGGUGAUAGGUAGAAAGAACCAAAGCAGAUUUACACGCUACAAACUAAAUUCUCACAUCAUAUAGUCGGUGUGACUAAGCAUCCCAAUUUAUGCACGGUGGGAAGGUCCUGUUAAAGAUGGAAAAGUUCAAGGCAACUCACUCUACAUCGGGUACCUCCGCUAGUUGAAAAUAAAAGAGUUUAAUGGAGUAUAGAGUUUUUGUACGACACGUUAUUGGAAAAUGAUGAACAUUGAACUGAAAAACGUUUGCAGUAACCGAAGUUUAUAGUUUAAUGCAGUGUGAGUAAAUCAUCACGCCUUAAAAUGUGUGUAGAAACUGAACGGAAGAGAAUUUCAAAAAUCGCCUCGAACAACAAAAAAGUUUUUUUGUGAGCGAGAGGGUCCUUAAGCUCAUCUAUAGAGCACAAACCUCCUAGAAUUAGACUGACUAAUGCAUCAGUCAAUUAAAAAAAGGCUAGAACGAAGUGGUUACACAAUGUUUUUCUAAAACUUUUAUAUGCCCAUUAUGAAUGGCUUCACUAUAUUUUUGUUUUCUGUUUCAGGAACGUGAAGGCUGGCGUUUUAUUGCGCUGGUUAUUGAUCGUUUUUUUCUCAUAGUAUUUGUUGUUUUGACUGUAACCGGUUCGUUUGCUACACUGUUAUCGGCACCAGCGAUUCACAAUAAAGUUGAACCAAUUGAAAAACGGUUUUCUCAACAUCAUAAUCCGUCACAAAAUAAUUAA